AUGAAGCGUGGCCGCAGUCGCUCCCAGUCCACCGACUCGGCGGCGGCAGAGAAGAGGUCGCACACGGAGCAGGAGGAGGUGGCGCUGUUUCUCUUCCGCCGCGACCUGCGCGUGGUGGACAACACCGGCCUGCAGGCGCUCUGCAACGAGGCCGCGCGCCGUUCCAUCCCGGUACUGCCGGCGUUCUUCUUCAACCCAAUUCAAUGCGACAAGAAGAGGAACCCGUACUUUGGCGACGCCUUUUUCCAGUUCUUCUGCGAGUCCCUCGUAGACUUGGACGGCGCGACGCAGCUCAACGGUGGACUGGUGUGCCUGCGCGGCAGCGAUGAGGAUUGCCUGCGGCGCAUCCGAGACGGCGGCUAUGAGGUUAAAGUGCUUGGGUUCAACGAGGACUACACCCCGUUUGCCCUCGUGCGCGAUCGGCUGCUGCGCGACUACGCGGACAAGCAGGGCAUUGUGUGCGUGACGGGGCCUCACGACUACUCGCUGCGUCCUCUGGAUGAGGUGGUCAAGGACUCCGAGCAGCCGUACAGCGUCUUCACUCCGUUCUACAACAAGUUCACGGCCGAGCAUGCGCGCAAGGUGGCGAAGCCGCUGUUGGUGAACGUGAGGAAGGUGCAGUCGAUGCUGGUGUCGCAGCCGAAGAAGUGCCUGGAGCAUCACCUGGUGGAUCCCGCGCUUCUGUACACGCACAUGCCGCAGGUGCAGGACCACGGCGGUCGUACAGAGGGGCUGAAGCGAUUAGCUUGCGUGGAGAGGCUGAAGCAGUACGCAGAUGUCCGCGACGACAUCGCGGGAGACUGCACCUCGCACCUCAGUCCGCACAUGAAGUGCGGCACGGUGUCGACGCGGGAGGUGUGGCACGCCAGCGUGCAGGCGCUCGGCACCGGGCACCCGUUCACUCGACAACUUGUGUGGCGAGAAUUCUACGCGAUGCUGGCCUUCACGCGCCCACGGCUCUUGCAAGGGCAGCUGAACUCCUUCAUUGGCCAGAAGGACAUUGUCAAGGCGACGCAGCCGAAACAGAAUGCACCGUUCCAGCCGUCGUACGACGACUACAAGUGGCGCUGGAAGGCAGAGCACUUCGAGGCGUUCAAGGAGGGGCGCACCGGUGUACCGCUUGUCGACGCCGCCGUGCGGUGUCUGACUGCCACCGGCUGGUGCCACAACCGCUGCCGCUUAGUCAUCUCCAACUUUGCCGUCAAGGUGCUCGGAAUCGACUGGCGUGAGUGUGAGCGGUGGUUUGCGACAGUGGCUGUGGACUACGACGUCGCGAACAACAACGGUGGCUGGCUGUGGUCCUCAGGCCAGGGUGCGGACGCGCAGCCGUACUUUCGCACCUUCAACGCAUUCCGCCAGUCGGAGCGCUUCGACCCGGACUGCAAGUUCGUCUUCCAGUGGGUGCCGGAGUUGGCGAAGGUGCCGCCGAGCGUCGUGCACCACUGGGAGGAGUACUGUGCGAGGGCUAGAGACAAGGCGACUGGUACCUACUCGAGGAAGCGGGGUGCCCAAGGGAAGGCAGAGGAAUACCCCACGUCGUAUCCCGCGCCCAUUGUGGACAUCAAGGCCGCCACCAAGGCGGUCAUUGAAGAGUACAAGAAGUACGGCAAGUACAAGGAGAGCUAG